AUGUUUUCCUACGUGUCAGAUAGCCUACCGUCUUGGGCUACCAUCACUAAUGGCUUGGUGGCGUGGCUGGUAACCCUUGCCAUCUAUCGUCUUUAUCUGCACCCUCUAGCCAGGGCUGGUUUCCCUGGGCCCCGAUUGGCGGCGGUGACGACGUGGUACGAGGCAUACUUUGACGUUUUUCUCCAAGGACAGUAUAUUUUUCAGAUCGAGCGGAUGCAUCAGAAAUAUGGACCCAUUGUGCGAAUUGGACCCAACGAGCUGCAUGUUCUCGACCAUGAAUACUACGACAAGCUUUAUAACAUGUCCAAUCGGCUGGACAAGUCUGCUUACUUUUACUGCAUGUUAGGCAACCCGAAAGCAUCAUUCGGCACGAUCCCAGCACACUUGCACCGCCUUCGUCGCAGCGCAUUAAGCCCAUUCUUUUCGCAGCAAGCAGUUUCGAGGUUUUCAUAUAAUGUACAAUCCAUUGUCGAUCGCUUAAUUACUCGCAUGGAAAAAUGUGCAGAACGUGGAGAGCCAGUUCCCCUGUUUUACGCCUAUCGCUGCGUAACGGUGGAUAUCAUCACCGAAUACAUCUUCGGGCAUCAAUUCAACCUCCUUGAUCGGCCCGAUUGGGGCAAGGAAUUUUACUCCGCGUGGCGUAGUCUGUGGGAGCUGUCGCCGACUAUUCGGCAAUUUCCCUCCAUGAUGGAUGCCUUUAUGGCGAUGCCCAGAUGGCUCACCGCAUUGGUCAAUCCGAAGGCUCUCGAAGUCGUUGAUCUCUUUGCUAGCGUAGACGAUCAGACCAAGAAGCUCCUGUCAGCGAACCCUGUUGAGAUUGAAUCAAAGCGACACCCAAUCGUAGUGUGGGAGCUCUCAAAAACGGAUGCGCUACCUCCUAAUGAAAAGACGCUUGACCGUCUCUCUGUCGAGGCAAACGGUCUGUUAGCAGCUGGAUUCGAGACAACCGGUGGUGUUUUAUCUCAUGUCACCUAUCUUAUUCUUGCCCACCCGGAUGCGCAUCGCAAGCUUUUCGCGGAACUUGUCGAUGCGAUUCCCCACCCUACUCGCAUUCCGAGUUUUCAACAAUUGGAGAAGCUUCCUUUUCUUCGCGGGGUUGUCAAGGAAGGCUUACGUCUAUCUGUCGGAGCAUGGUCUCGUCUUCCGAGGGUGAACCCUAACGAAGACAUGCAUUAUAAGAACUGGGUAGUCCCAGCUGGCACCGCCAUCGGCAUGUCUGCUUUAUUCAUUGAAAAGAGCCCCAUACUAUUCCCUGAUCCGGAGGCCUUCAUACCUGAACGGUGGAUUGAGGGGACCGUUGGAGAGAAUCGCCUGGACCAGUAUAUUCUUACCUUCGGAAAAGGAACCCGGUCCUGUGUAGGCAUCAACCUCGCCUACGCGGAGCUCUACACUAUCCUAGCGACUCUCUUUCGACGAUUUCCCGACAUUCGGCUGCACGAAACGAGCUUUAGGGAUGUUGAACAUGUGCAUGACUACUUUGCUGGUAUGACAAGAAGAGAAUCCCAAGGAUUGCAGGUGAUGACUGGAAAGAACUGA